CAUCAAGUUAUGGUCUGUCUUUAACAAGUUGAUGCUAGAGCCGUAUGGAGACGAUGUUCAUGAUAGUUCGUAGCGAAAUUAAUUCAUCUAAUGAUGAGUACUCAAAAAUCAGAAAGCAGCAGAAAGAGGAAGAGUACAAGACCACAAAAAUCAGAUGAAGUCAAAAGAAGGCUUCCCUUAAAUGAAAUUGAGUUUAAGGAAUCCUUUCAUAAGGAGGAAUCACAGUCUGGUGAACACAUCACAGCAAAAAGAAAGAGAGGAAGGCCUAAGGGGAACAAAAACAAACACCCAUCUUGGUCUGUUUUGCAGAUCUCUUCAGCCAGUGAAGGCAAAUGUCAGAGUAACAUUCCUACUUCAUCAGAAUGUCCAAAAGUAAUGGAUAAUGAUGGGGACAGGCCCCCAGAAAAUGAAUAUCCUAAAAUAGAAGAACCUCAACAAAAAGGAAGAGAGAGGCCCAAAGGGAGCACAACAAAGACACUGUGCAGUUCUCCUGCCAAGGAGGUAUCACAGUCGGGUGAACAGAACAGAGCAAAAGGAAAAAGAGGAAGGCCUAAAGGAAGCAAAAACAAAUACCCAUCUUGGUUUGCUCUGCAGCAACGAACACCGGGAGCUCCAAAAAUGGGACGAGGGAGACCCAGAAAACCAGUUGACACAAAUGGCACUGUGGUUCCCAAAAGACCACGGGGGAGGCCUAAAGGAAGUUUGAACAAAAUCCCUUCUGCAAAAAAGCUUGCUGUCAGCAUGGGAAACUCUUGUGCACAGAAGAGAGGGCGUCCAAGGAAGCAUGUAUUACACCUUCCAACUUUAACCCCGAAAAGACCCAGAGGAAGGCCAAAGAUUGUUAGGAUAUCAUCAGGUGGUCCCAAUGAUGUGGUGAAAGGAUUAAGUGUGGAAAAGAAUGAGAAAACCAGUGGCAUUGGUAGACCUUGAAUAAAUGAAGCCUCUUCAUACUCCUUAUGGGUUCAGGAAUGAAAAUAAAAUUGACUAGAAGCAGAAUGCAAUAGUGAAAAGGUUGUCAGGAUUUUUUUAUAGUGAACAGGUUGUGUAAAAUUGUACAUCUUUCUCAAUGUUACUGUUUUCAAUGUGUGCAACUAUAUAUGAGUAACCUCACAGAAACAGUAGUUGAUUUCAUAAUGCUGCUGUUUUCUUUUAACAUAUUUAUAAAUUGUGUGGUAAUAAAAAUUUGUUUUUUUGUA